UCUUUAUAAUCUUUCUAACUCUCCUGUGCUAAUCUCAGAGGGGUCACCCUCAAUAUAUCUGGAUUACCCGUGUCGUCCAGCUGCCUCCUUUCUGCGGCUCUCACUACUGCAGGGCUGCGUGUAGCUAAGGGCUGUUCUGGUAUCGCCUGCACCUGGCACCUGCCAUCUCAAGGGGGUGCCGUGUCCUUGCCAUGUUCUCUCAAGAGCAUCUGUGUAUGGAAACAAAGGAGACAAGUGUCUUCACCCCUUUUUGCCGGGUCCUUGCUUUCCAGAGAGGGUUUGGGGUGGGGCAUCCGACUGCUUCUCCAGCCCUCUGUCUGGCACUUGGGAACCACUUGGAGACACCCUCAACACUGUCCAGGAAGGAGACCGACCAGAUCGUUGCCAAACUUACUUUCCAGCCCUCCUAAUGUUCAACAGGAAACUGGUAUCCUGGGAGACAAGGGAGUCAUUUCUACAAGGUCUGAGUGCUCUGCCCCCAGGUACCCCUCUACGUGACUGAGAAAAAGUCCUAGACAGAACUGGGGUUAGAACGUCCCAUGCUUUCUUGAAAAAUGAAUCCAAGUGUCCCCUAUCCUGCUCUCUCUCACUGUUCUGACUUGGACACUCUAUGACCCACCACUCCCAAAAUCCAGGCUACAACUCCCACACUGAAGAAAUAAAAUGCAGAGACCAGUGACGAAAUGGCAGAGAACCUGGGAAAGCAGCUGAAGGAGAGGCUACCAAGGAGAAGAGGCGUUGACUCCAGAGAAUCUGCCUAUAGGGAAGAUGCCUUUUGUUUCUGCCAGCCAGAGAACUAGCAGUUCCACUCCACCACCACCCCCCAAGUCCCCAGAAGAAACUUGACUUAUUGCUGAGAUGUCAGUCCAAUGAAGUAAUUCCAGAACCUCUAUGUUCCCAACAGAAAUAUGAGUAGAGAUUACCCCAUGGGCAACAUGGGGUAAAAAUAUGGUAUCCCAUUGUCCCCAAGAGCCUUGCUUUAAUAUGCCAGACCACGUGUUCUGCUUGGAUGUGGGAGAUACACUUACAGGGCCCGUAGGUAGGUGGUGAAGCAAAUGCCCAGUCACUUCCUGAGUAGGGUCAUGAUGCAGCCUUGACAGCUCCUUCAGUCCUCCCUCCCUCUCACACUGAAACACCACACCUCAGAUAGCCAUACACACUCCUGGACGCUGCCAACACCCAACACUCAGAUGUGCACACACUGAUACAUAACACACACACACACACACACACACACACACACACACAGGUAAACAGGCAAAUUCUACCCACCCUGGUACACACAGAGUCCCCACCAAAAUGUAUCCCCCCACAAGACUGAACAGAUCCAACCACAAACACAUGGCUGUAGAACACUGUCCUUGGAUCCCACCCAAGGGGAUGGGCAGCAGUGAGAGUCAUCCGCUGCCAUUGCACUACAACUUCCCAGCUCCUCUCUUAUCUCUGCCUCACAAGUCACCUCUGGCCCCUCUUCCUUCCUUGUGCUUGAAGAAUCUCCACUUGUUGGAAAGCCCCUUGGUUUCUUCCUUUCCAUCUUCGGGAAAAUGCCCCCUUCCUGGUCCUCGCCUUGUUCUUUUCCUGAGACUGUCAAACCCAAACUCAAAACAGGAAGCCCCAGUCAGUGCCCCAUGUGGACCUCGGGCUCAGGCAGGCAGUAGGCGUGGGGCAAAGCUUCCUGAGUGCUGCCCCCAUGGCCCUGCCCAGAACCUGAGGGCCUUCAUUAGACCUCAGCACUUAUCUGGGAACCACAGCUGCUGAUAGAGUGUCCCGGUCCUUCUCUCUGCCAGCGCUGAGCCCACAGUGCUAUGGGGAACUGCCUGCGCCCGGUGGAGUCCUCCUCACUGGACAAGAACAGCAGUCACUUGUCUCUUGAAAACUAUACUUGGAAUUAUUCCUACGAUGACGAUGACGAUUCCUACAAACUCCUUGAAGACUACCACAUUCUGGACUCCGCUGCCCCCUGCCAUUCCUGUAACCUUCUGGAUGACUCCUCGCUACCCUUCUUCAUCCUGGCCAGUGUCCUGGGUAUUCUGGCUAGUGGUGCUGUCCUCUAUGCACUUUUCAGAUCUCUCUUCCACUGGCAGCUCUGCCCCAGUUGGCCUAUCCUGGCACAGCUGGCUGUGGGAAGCACCCUCUUCAGCAUCGUGGUGCCCAUUCUGGCCCCAGGGCUAAACAGCACCCAUAGCACCAUCCUGUGUAGCCUGGGAUAUGGGGUCUGGUACAGCUCAGCCUUUGCCCAGGCUCUACUGAUAGGGUGUCAUGCCUGCCUGGGCCCCAAACUGGGUACAGGCCAGAUCCGGGGCCUCACUCUGGGACUCACUGUGGGGGUUUGGGGAGCGGCUCUUCUGUUAGGGUUGCCAAUCACCCUGGCCACUGACACUUCUUAUGGUCUCUGCACCCUGGAAUAUAGCAGGGGCCUUGGGGCUUUGCAUUCCACACAUGCUGCAGUCUGCUUUUGCAUCUUUAUCUUGCUGCCCCUGGGUUUGUUGGGAGCCAAGGGGCUAAAGAAGGCAUUGGACAGGGGACCAGGUCCCAGCAUUAAUGUCCUGUGGGUCUGGUUCAUUUUCUGGUGGCCUCAUGGGAUGGUUCUGGGGUUUGACUCUCUAGUGAGGGCCAAGGUUUUGCUGUUGCCAACGUGUAUGGCCCAGCAGAUUCUGGACGUGAUGCUGCACCUGGCAGAAGCCCUGGCCAUGUUGCACUGUGUGGUGUCCCCCCUGCUCGUGGCCCUGUUCUGCCACCAGGCCACCCGUGCCUCCUUGCCCUCCCUGCCUCUUCCUGCAAGACGAUCUUCUCAUCCGGACACUUUUGAAGGCAAAUCUUCACUUUCUUCCCACUUGUCAACCUGAAUUAAAGUUUACACUGCUUUUAUGAA